CUCCCUCUCCCUCCCCCCGAGCUCGAUCUAUUUCCACCCUCACUACUACUCCACUGCUGCCACUCCCAUGGAUCCGAUCAUCCUUGGCCCUAAGCGCCCCUGCCCCGGUGACCUCGCCGCCCGCCCCUACUCCAGCCCCGCCGCCACCGACCGCCUCCUCGAGUCCCUCCUUUCCCUCUCCGACCCUUCCCCCUCCCUCGACCUCUCCCUCGAGCGCCUUAUCGACUCCACUCCCCGCGAGCUUGACAAGGAGCUCCUCGUCGAGGCUGCUCUUGAGGUCGGCUCCGCUCUCCUCGAGGCCGCCUUGCGCUCCGCCAGGAAACGCGCCUCCUCCCACAACGCCACUGCCUGGCCUCUCCCGCCCGAUCUCACUGUCAAAGUAUUUUCCAUGCUUGAUACACGAAGUCUUUGUCAUGCGGCAGCUACUUGCUCGAUGUUUAACAAAUGCGCGGUAGACCCACUGUGCUAUGCGAAUAUUGACUUAACAGCAGUGGUCCCGAAGGUGAACAACACGGUUGUGUCUACAAUGAUACAACGGGCAGGGAGAAACCUACAAUCACUCAAGCUUGGAAUAUGGCCAAGUCCUUCAUCAGCAGAAAUUUCUCAAUCCAUGUCCUAUUCUAGCAGAAACUCAAUAGACACAUCAGGUCCAUCAUGGAAUGAAAAGAAACCCAGGCAAGGAAGAGAGUCAUCUGUCCUUUCUAGGUCCUGCCUACUAGCUUUAAGUGUUGAUGGUGGAACUGCUGGGGCUCUUUUGAAGAGGUUGCACCUGUACAAUAUUGACAAAAUAGAUGGCCCUGCGCUUUGCACAGCAUUAUCAGCUUGUCAAUCCCUCAUUGACUUAGAGGUUAUUGGCUUGCACAUUGAGCUGAGGCGGACAUUGGAUGCAGUCAGCACUUAUUGCCACUCAAUGAAGCGUUUGUUCUUAGAGUCUUCAGAGACUGGCAGAGAUGAUAGUUUGAAGUCUACAACUUGUCUUGAUUUGGUGACUGGUUGCCCCAACCUGAUUUCACUAGCCCUAAGGGGAUUUAAGCUCCAAGAUCAUAAAGUCAAGAUACUUGUGAAGGGACUUCAUUACCUUAAAGUUGUUGACUUCUCAACAUCUUACUCAAUUACCGGAAUUUUCUUAAGGAACCUUGUGAACGGAGCAAGUGCUCCUGCAUUGGAGGUUUUGAUUUUACGUGACUGCCUGCACCUUAAAGAAGUUGAAAUUGCUCGAUUCUUAUCUGCUGUUCUUGGUGGAGACUGCCAACUUUUGAAAUAUCUGGACAUAUCCAACAAAGACGGCCUUUCAGCUGAAGAAGACUGGAAUAAUAGAUGUUACAACCCUAGAAUUCCAAUAAUGCAAGUUUUGGAAGCAAGGCCUGAUAUUUGUUUAGUUGCAGAAUUUCCGCAAGAAGCAAGCUUCGUUGAUAUUGAAUGCAGUAGCAACAGCCAAGUAAGCAGAAGUAGUGAUGGUCAAAUAAGUAGCAGCAGCAGUUUGCAAAUGAUGCCUAAUAUGUCAUUAGAUUUGUCUUCUGCUAAUUCAUCUGAGAGUAACUAUAAUAGUGACCAAGGGAGUGGAAAUGAUGAUGGCCAAGAUGCUGCUUAUGUUGCCUAUGAUGGAGAUAGCUUUGAUGAUGCAGAUUACCAAUCUCCUUGGUGAUGGAUGGUGGGAAAGACCAUUGAAUUUUGUGGACAAAAGCAGACAUUCUUGGUUUGCCAUCUGACCUCGUUGGCUAUUGCAGCUGGCAUAUGAAUCUUUGCAGAAAAUACGAUCACGCUUGUCAAUAAUUGUUUGUCAACGGGCGAAUAAUAAAUUUUACAUGAGAUAAAAUUAGAUUAAUGUUUUGCGGGAUAUCAUGUAACUAAUGAUCCCUGAAUGUAAUUUACUCUGAUAAAAUACUUUCCGACAUGUAUUAAAUUUUAAGUUGUUGCCAAAGUUGCAGGCAGCUCUUCUGAGUUCCGGCCAGAUCAAACUUGUCGAUAUUUUCCAGUGAUUUGGAGAGAUGUUAUGCUUUGUCAUUUGUCAAAU